UCCCCAAGCAGAAGAGAGACGGAAAGAAGGAAUAAGUGCCAUGGCUUUUGCCUUUUAAUUAUAACUGUGUCAAGAAGCAGUGGGGUCAGCGAGCACCUGCAUCAGUGUCUUCUGGAUCUUAUUGUACAGCAUGAAGCGAACCUUCCCUUCCCUCCCGCUUUGUCUCCUCACAUUCCUGCUCCUGUCUCAGCAGUGCGCAGGAAUCAGAUGGCUGGCGCUAUCACAGACCGCACAACACAUCAACAAGACCCAGCACUGCAAGACGUUGCCAGGCCUCGUCUCCUCUCAGGCUCAGCUCUGUAGGAGUAACCUGGAACUCAUGCAAACCAUCAUCCAAGCAGCACGGGAGGUUAAAAAGGUCUGCCAAAAGACCUUCACAGACAUGCGCUGGAACUGUUCCUCUAUUGAUGGACCGAAAUUCCUCCCAGACCUGGAACGAGGAACGAGGGAGUCUGCAUUUGUGUAUGCGCUCUCUGCAGCUGCUAUAAGUCACACUAUAGCUCGCGCCUGCACCUCUGGAGACCUGAGGCUGUGCUCGUGUGGGCCGAUCCCGGGUGAAAUCCCCGAGCCGGGCUACAGGUGGGGCGGCUGUGCUGAUAACCUACAUUACGGUCUCCUCAUGGGCUCCAAGUUUUCUGAUGCCCCAAUGAAGAUGAAGAAGAAGUCUGGCUCUCACGCCAACAAGCUCAUGCAUCUUCACAACAGCGAAGUGGGCAGACAGGCUUUGCGAGAUGCUUUGGUCAUGAAGUGCAAAUGCCACGGUGUUUCUGGUUCCUGCUCCAUUCGGACCUGCUGGAGGGGCUUACUGGACCUAAAGGACAUCGCCAUCGACCUGAAGACCAAAUACUUGUCCGCAACUAAAGUGGUCCAUCGGCCAAUGGGAACACGCAAGCAGCUCGUCCCGAAAGACAUCGACAUCCGGCCAGUGCGAGAGAAUGAGCUGGUGUAUCUGCAGAGCUCACCGGAUUUCUGCAUGAAGAACGACAAGAUGGGCUCUUUCGGGACUCAGGACAGGCAGUGCAAUAAGACAUCCAGCGGCAGUGACAGCUGUGAUCUGAUGUGCUGUGGCCGAGGCUACAACCCUUACACAGAGCGAGUGGUGGAGCGCUGCCACUGCAAAUACCACUGGUGCUGCUACGUCACCUGCAAGAAGUGCGAUAAGACUGUGGAGAAAUACGUCUGCAAAUGAGCUACUGGACAUUUCAAGACAUUUCCUCUCUGAUAUAUUCAGCCUGGUUGUGGAGCGUAAAUUACUCGGACACAGAUUUACCAAAGCAUGGCUUACUUCUGUCUUAUGCGUAUCUGCUUUCGAGAAGAGGUUUAUUUUUGGGCUUUAUGAAGCUGGACGUUAUUUUUGUACUUUUGUUUUUUUCCUACUGCACAACAAUUGAACAUCCAGUUUACCGUCCUCAAGAGGGUUUCUAUUUUUAUGCUUCAUUUUUAAAGAAAUAUAAAAUCAUACGCGCCUUAAUCCAGAUCUUACAGUUCUAUUUUCUUACACAGUACACAGAAAGGUACAUGUGAUCUGUUUUGAUGCUCUGCGUUCAUUUUUAGAAGCCAAAUGUUCUGGAGGAUUCCACAUUCCAAGUUCUAAGGGAUUCAAAACUCAAGACGGUACUUUACGUUCACCAG